CACUCCAUAUUCCUUCCUUCUACAACGGUAAAUAAUUCCCUUUUAUUUUCUCUCUCCUCUCUCUUCACCAAUUAUCCUAAACCCUUCAUCUCUGUUAUCCCCUUCCUCCAAAUCAAACCAAAAUUACUCAAUGUCGAACAAUUUUCUGGAAAUUCCUUAAUUCAUUUCGACGCUUUUAAUCUUCUUUUAUUUAUCUUAAUUAUGCCGGAAAUGGAGGCAUCAAUUAAAACCCCACAAAUUUCUGAAAUGUUCCAGAAAUUUGCAUUCUCUUUCAAAUCUAAAGCUCUCGAAUUUUUUGCCGAUGAAUCAGAAAAACUCGCAUUUCUCGAGGAUUCUUCCGAGAAUUUUAUCUCUGAUCAGAAAGUCGUCGUAAUUAAGCCGGACCCACCUCAAGAAACCGGAGCAUUAACCCAAAAAGGUAAAGUUCCGUUAAAUGCGCAAUUUAAUCAAACCCUAAUUACUUCAUUAUUUGCUUCGAUUUCUUCGUUUGAAGCUUCUUAUCUUCAAUUACAAACUGCCCAUGUUCCUUCUUUUGAUGAGGAAGUUUUGAAGAAUGCUGAUAAAUCUUUAGUUUCUCAACUUCAGACCCUUUCUGAAUUUAAGCAGUUGUAUAAGAAUUAUUACCAGAAUCCUAAUUUUAGUAUUGAAUUCUCAACUGGGUCUUGUUUGGAAUUCCAAGUUAAUGAGAAUCAACAUAAGCUUAGGGCGCUGAAAUCUGUGUUUAAUCGUUUGCAAGCUGAAAUUGAUGUGAAGGAUGAAGAAGUUUGUAGUUUGAGGCAGAAAUGGGAGGAGUUACAUCAGGGGAAUUUGAGGUUGUCGAAGAAGUUGUCGUGUUGUUCUUCGAGGGAGGAGGGUGAUGAGGUUUUGCUGACCAUUAGAGUGUUUGAUAAGAUGUUGAGCGAGGCAUAUAGUUUUUCACAUAAGUUUACUAAGGUGUUGAUUGGUUUGAUGAAAAGCGCGCAUUGGGAUUUGGAUUUGGUAGCGAGUUCGGUGUAUUCUAAUGUUGAUUAUGUUAAGAAAGGGCACAAUCGGUAUGCCUUGUUGUCGUAUGUUUGUUUGCGGAUGUUUCAAGGGUUUGAUUUAGAAGAUUUCGGAUUAGGUGAGGAUGGCGGUGUUUGCAAUGGUCAUAUUUUAUCUUGUAAUGGUGAGGAGAAGGCUUCUUUACGGCAGUUGAAGGAGCAUGUUUCGGGAAAUCCACUGGAGAUCUUGAGGAAGAAUCCGGAUUGUGAGUUUUCAAAGUUUUGUGAGAGGAAGUACCAAGAACUCAUCCACCCAACUAUGGAAUCUUCUAUUUUCAACAACUUGGACAAGGAUGAAGUUAUAAUAAACUCGUGGAAAUCUUUGGGCGUCUUUUAUGAGUUGUUUGUCAAGAUGGCAAGCUCAGUUUGGGCACUACACAAGCUUUCGUAUUCCUUUGAUCCACCAGUGGAUAUAUUUCAAGUUGAGAGGGAUGUCGAGUUUUCAAUGGUGUAUAUGGAGGAUGUCACUAAGAGAUGUAAAUAUCCUUGCAAAAUAAGGCCGAAGGUUGGAUUCACUGUGGUUCCAGGCUUCAAGAUCGGGCAGACAAUCAUUCAGUCACAAGUUUAUUUGACAGAAAUGAAGUCGAUUGAGUAAGUGUAACUAAUGGUUUGUGCUUUCAUUGUGGAAGGGUGGCUGAAGAUCAAGUUAAUCCUCGGCAUUGGCUUCAAAGAGUAUUUUGGUAACGCUGUUUAUUACAGGAAGAGGAAGUUAUAUGUGAUCACAUAUCCUAAACGUAUUUAACAAGGGUAAUUUGUACGAAAGCUGGUACAUCUUCCUCUAGAAGCUGAUGAAUCACUUAAUGAAAUUAUUGCUACUUGUCCCCUCUCCAAGUGCAAUAAGGUACAGUGGUUAUAGUGGAUCCCAGUUUUUUCACCUCAUCUUCCAUAAAAUGUUUUUGUUCUUAGUUUUUUGUUUUAUUUCUGCAGUCUAUAGGAAUAAGUGUAAAGAAUGCUUGUAAACUAGUCUUGUGAACAGGGUAUGUACUAUCUAGGAACAUUCCUCUUGAGAAUGAAUACAUAAUGAAACUGUAUCUAAAUUAUGAGUUGUGAAAGAAAGAAACAGCGAUAGGAUUAUAUUUUUGUUA